AUGUGUGCGAGUUCUUCAGAUACGUCGAUGGCCAAGAAGAUACCAGUUUCUUUAAUUCAACCGCGUAUGACAUAUUAAAGUGUUGUCAACAGCAAACGCUGUCUCAUGAAGAGAAACUACAGUGCUUCCAAUCUCACACAGGGGCUGCUGAGACUUCUGGCCCGAUAGACGGCAUACGAACUGUAUCUGGAACAAGCUCUGCUGGGGCUGGUGCUGGUGCUGGUGUAGGUGUAGGGUUCCAGAUGUCCUAUAGAUGUAAUUGUGAAUUCAUGAACAAUCAGUAUUAUGAGUGUGUGCUCUCUACAGCAUCUUCAACUACUAGACAAAAUUAUACUAAGAAAAGUUCAUCAACUGAAAUCAAUCAGUGUUGCGGGGAGCAAUAUGUUCUAUCAAGUUUCGAGGACAGAAUUAGUUGUUUUUCAUCGUUCGAUUCUUGGGUCCCAAGUGGCGAAGACUUUGGCCAUGGUGAUGGAAGUAGGCCUACUACCGGUGUCACCAGUGGCCUAGGUGAUAGUCAUAGUGCUGGAAGUAGUGCUGAUGCUAAAAGUGGUGUAGGCAUUGGUCUUGGUGCUGAGAAUCGUUUGAACAUACUGACCAAACCACAAACUUCAGCAGCUGGUAUGGGACUCGUCGGCACAUUUCAGACGACAGUGUGUACUUGCCAAGCUGAUAUAACUGAUCAACAGACCACGUAUUCUUGUGUUUAUAAAACUGGUGAUGGUGUUGAAGAAAGUCAGUUUUUAUCAAUAUCAACUGACAGCCGUAUAAACCAAUGUUGCACUGAAGCCAGAGAUAAUGUUCUUGCGUGUAUGAAUAUAUAUGACGGAAUUGGAAUUAGCACAGGUGGAUCUAGUGCAAUUGUAUCUGGUGCUGGUGCAUCUCGUAAAACUUCUGCUGGUGCAGGUGUCGUUGGAACAAGUGUUUCUGGUCCAAGUGCAUCUACAUCAGGUGUGUCUGGCUCGGGUGUAUCUGGUGCAACAGCCGGUAUUUCAACAGUAGGCCUAUCUGGAACUGUAGACAGUCAAGUGAACAAGUAUACAUUUGGAAAUGGUUUUGAUCUCCAAAGAAAUCGAAGUCUCUUCUCAAGUGAGCAUUCAGAAGCGCACCAAUGUAACUGUCGAAGCCUUUUAGUUAACACCGAACGGAUGUACAAAUGCAACAUCACCUAUAAAAUUGACAGCCAAGCAACAACGAUUGAGGUCAACUCUUCUUCGGCUGAAAUAUUCAAGUGUUGUGAUGCAGUACUUCCAAUAGACGUCAGAGUGUCAUGUCUUCGUUUAUUUCAAAAUAUGGAUACAAACACCUUCGGCGUUACCGAUAAUACAGAGCGAAUACAUGGUUAUUUAAAUGACCACGUUGGUGUAAGUGAAUCUACAGUGGCAACUGAUGUCACCAUGCUAGUACCAUCUGAAAGGGCUGUAAAGGAAUGGCUACAGCAACUACCAAAUGGAAAUAUCAAUAAAAUUACAGCCAGGCAAGUUAUAAAAGGAGGGCGCUAUUCGGCCGAAGAUUUUGCCAAAAAUGUUUCCUUACCAGAGCUAUAUAAUACUAUCCAAUUGAUGGAACAGACAUGUGCAGUUAUAGUAAAAUCAAGUGAAACAAAUGAGGGUGUGCUGCAUACACUGAACAAAGUUUUGGACCCCCCACACUCAACAGUUUACGACGUCAUCAUGAAUGAUGACCGAUUCUCAAUCUUAGCGAGUAUUAUAAACCGAUUUGACAGCACCAAAGCAAUUAUACAUGGUGACGAUUUUACGUUAUUAGCUCCAACUGAUGACGCUUUUGCAAACGUUGAAGACCUAGAGAGUCUGAUUGAAGAAGACAUAAAAGAAUUCAUUCUCUACCAUAUUAUUGAAAAACGCCAGUGCUGCCACGAGCUCAUACCGCGUGAAUUGCCUAGCAGACGAAUGACGGCCGUGGGAAAAACAGUCAUGGUCCAACGCAUACGAUACGGAUACGGGAUCGUUAACCGUUCUAGAGUUACGGAGUGUGAUAUUACAGCUGAAAACGGUGUUAUCCAUACAAUAAAUGCUGUUCUUAAACCUUGAAUCUGUCUCAAAAUACUUUUAAAAUGUACCAUAAAUCCGUGUGCAACUAUUAGUUUGUUGAUAUUUUUUCAAUUGUUGAUAUUUUUUCAAUUGAUUUAAAAGAGACGUACAGAAAAUAUUAUUUAAAAUCAUCAUAGGCAUAAUGUAAAGAAAAUAAUAAUUUAAUGAUUAUUGUGUUGUUCUGCUUUUUAUCUUGUAUAUCUAUAAUGUUCAUCCUAUAAAUGAUGUUUACACUGCUGAAUGUUUGAAUAAAAUAAAUAAAUAAAUAAAAAACGCACUAUAUAAAAAUGUAGAAGAUAUGGAAAAAUAUGAAAAAACACAAAGAGCAAAAAGGUAAGGAUUUGAAAGACAGAAUAAAGAUGUCCAGCAACAAAACAAUAACAACACCAAUCGUUUUUAAAUUAAAAGAAUGGAUAGAUAAAUAAAUAACCCUCUCAUCCGUAGGUUGGUUUCCAACAAAUGCUGCAAUUGGCUGUACAUUUUCCUAGUUUAUCUGCUGUUAUUUGAUUUAAUGAAAUAUUUCGAACAUUUUAAGCGGCUUUCAUAAGUAAGAAAGAAAUUUAUGAAGUGUUAUUAUUAUUAUUAUUAUUAUUAUUAUUAUUAUUAUUAUUAUUAUUAUUAUUAUUAUUACUACUAUUAUUAUUGUUAUUAUUAUUAUUAAUAUUGUUAUUAUUAUUUAUAUUAUUAUUUUCAUCAUUAUUAUGGUCAUUAGCAUUAUUAUAGUACAUAUUAAUGUUAUUGAUUUUAUGUUUAAACCAUAGAUUGAAAGAAUAACAUAGCUAGAAAUGAUAAAUUAAUAUAUAUUAUUAGAGUACAAUGUGUAUCAUUAUGUAUAAUAAUGGCGGCGGUAGGCCUAGAAUAAAUAAUAGUGGCGUUUGUUAGAUCUACAAUGAAUUUAUUUAACAAUGUAUAACUUAGGUAUUCUAAUGUUAUUGUUUUACUUAGUAUUUUAAUUUAUGGCAAUGUCAUUAGUAGGCCUAAAUGUGAUUGAAUAAAUAAUAAAUAAAUUUAUAAUAAAAGCGUUUGCAAAAUGUGAUUAUUUCAUAAAUAUUUUACAAAUAAAUUAUAAAGUUGUUAGAACAUUGUGAUUGUGUUUAUCAUUGUAGACCUAUAUAAAUAAAUAACGAUAUCAUUA